CCCACCGACCUAGCAGCUGCUACCGACUGUGCCAGUCUCACUCGUCAGUAGCGCCCGCCAUCAUCGCACACUCGUGCCAGCUGCCCACUUCAGUGUCUUCCUGCUUUAUAUUUGCCUCUUUUCUCACACUACACUGCAGCGCCAGCGCCAGCGCGAAUCGCCAGCAAACCUUCCGCUAACCGCACUCGGUCCUUAAAGCGCGCGAUACAGCAGUCGCCGCCCACUUCGCCGCCCAGAACGUCGACCUGGCCCGCUGGGACCUACAGUUCGACACCAGCCAGGACAUGGCCUACUACGCCGGCACCCUCAAAAUGCACAAGAACCCCCCGGCUAUGCGCUUCCUCGCCUGCUCCCACGCCUGCCCGUCCACAUUCCUGGCCGACUUGGUCACCGCCGUCCUACGUACAGUCGCUACCUCGUUUGCCAGUGUGUGGCGGACCCAACUUGGCACCGACCCCUGGUUCUGUCUCUCUUCGUCAGAUGUCAUUGACAUGGCCCACGCGUACAACGCCCACGGCUAUAGCGCUACCUCGCACCCGCAAGCCGGCUACGACUUCGUUGGGCCUGCCGCCUAUGACUUCGAACGCCUGUACACCAACAUCCCCCACGUCGACCUGUGUAACACCAUCAGCCAGCUCCUGGCCGCCUCCCUCCCCGCCGGCACCACUGGCAUCCGCGCCUCCACACAAGACCCUCACCCUGAUAAACCCGGCGACCCACACACACACACCGCCAACUUCGUCGCCCGCGUCCCUGGCGCCCGUGUCACCUCACCGUCCGCCUCCACCACCCAUCGGUUCUUCCUUCCGCACGAAUUCAUGGCCAUCUUCCGCUCGCUUAUCAUCUCCAUCUUCAUUCGGUUCGGCCCCGUCUCGGCCCGCCAAAUCCUGGGCAUCCCCAUGGGCAUCUCCCCGGCUCCCUUCAUUGCAAACCUGUUCCUCGCCUGGUACGGAUUCAAGUUCCUCCGCCAGCAAGCCACCACUCCCGCGGCCGCCCACGCCAUCCUCCACCGCUUCCGAUUCUCCAAACGCUUCCUGGACGACCUCUCCGCCCUCAACAACCCAUUCUUGGCUCAACUUCUCUACACAACCAGCAUCCUCGAAGUGUCGCCCGCCCCACACCGUGUCGUCCUCCAUGGCCUAUACCCGCCCUGCCUCCGCCUCACCGCCCAGCGCCACCACAACCCUACCGAGCUCCCUUUCUUGGAUAUCCUUCUGGUCUCCUAUACUACGGCGGACGGCAAAAGCCGCAUCACCACCCGUCUGUAUGACAAGCGUGACCAGCCUGCCUUCGCCCGCAUCCGCCUGUCCCGCUUUGUGGCCGCCGACUCCUCAGUCAAUGAGGCCGCCAAGCGCAACAUCCUCACCGGCCAAUUCCAUCGCCUCCGGCGCAUCAUCCUUGACUACGACAACUUUUGCCUGGAAAUGGCGCGCCUCAUGCGCGCACUCCUUGACUGUGGCUACGCGCGCAAACGCCUGGACGACAAGUACGCUGAACUACUGGCUCACUUCCCUCACCUGUACUACCGCGACCGUGUUGCCCUCGCCGCGGCACGCACUGCCUACAACACCGCCGGCCCGCCUCCUGCCGGUGCUGCGCAUGCGUGCUCGCUCGCAUGUGUAGCACAAGUGCCCCGGAGGAUGUGCGGCGCGCCUGCCCCGCCCCGCUAUGUCAAGCUACACUAGGUGGCAUACAAACACGGCACUCAGCCCGACAUACCUAGCGGUGCCCUGACCACACGGUGGCCGGGCGCCCGGCAGCCCCUCCCUGCGCAGUGCCCAUAGACGGGCCCAGCGCCUGUGUGGCCGCCCCACAAAUGCCCCAGCCUGCUUGGACUCGGCUUGUGACCAUAGACGCAUGCCCACAGCAUACUGGCUGGGCAGGGCGCACAUCGCUGGUUCGCGUGUGGGCAUGUCGGCAUGGUUGGCGGGUCCGCAUCUUGGAAUGAGUCGGCCUACCACCUAACCGACUA